UAAGGAUGUACGAUCUUUUAAAAGCUGUAUAGUAUUAAAUGGAAAAUGUCUCUUGUAAUCAUAUUAAAGUAGCGUUUCAUAACCUUUAAUAUUCUGGUUGGCAGCUAUACAUAUAUCUAUCUUGUAUAUAUAUAUAAUUUAUCUUGGAAUUAUUAGUAUUCCAAACUCAUUAUUAAAGUGUGAUAAAGCAUUCCAACCUAAAACGCCUGCUUAUAAUAUUCGAAAUUGUAUUUAUAGUCAAACUGGAAAUAAUAAAAAUAGAAUAUUUUUAAUUUGUUAAUCAUAAUUUCAUUAUGAGUUCAUCAAAUUUCAAAAUAACAACACAUGUGUUGGAUACGAGUAAAGGACUUCCAGUGUGUAAUAUGUCGGUAAAGCUUUACAUAUUGAAAAAUGACAAUGAAUGGAUACUUGUGAGCGAAGGGAAAACGUUAAGUAGUGGUAGAUUUGAAAAUUUUAUUGACGAUUAUUUGGAAUUUACACCUGGUACAUAUAAAUUACACUUUCUUGUAAAACAAUAUUAUGACUCAAUCGAUUCGAAAACAUUAUAUCCAUUCAUUGAUGUAACUUUUGAUAUUGAUAAGGCAGGACACUAUCACAUACCUUUAUUAUUGAAUGCAUUUGGAUAUACAACGUACCGGGGAUCUUAACGUUAAAGCGAAAUUUUAGAUAAAUUAUUGACGAAAUUUAUGUCAAGCG